UCACCUUUUUGGACGCCAGAAGGUUUCAUACUGUGACAGCAAUAAAUAUUCAGAGAAGAUUGAUUCUAGCAAUAAUGAAUUUUUGAACUUUAUUUCUAAAGUUGUAAAAAAUGGAAUAACAUCUGGAACAUACUCUGAACGUGCAGAUUUAAUAAUAAAUAAAAUUAAACCUGCCAUACAGCAGUUGGAAUAUGGUACCAUGUUGAUUAGUUGUGAUACCACUAUCACUAACACAGUAAACUCAAUGUUUAAAGAGCUCCCGAAAGUAACAGAAGAAGCAACAUGUUCUUUAAGCUGUAAAUUAACAGUGAACUCUUUAAAACUAAAGAGUUAUAUAUCAUACCAGACGGAAAAUAGGAAAAUAAAAAACUUGGAAGAUUUUCUCGACAACUGUCUUCAAUCCGUACAUUCAACAUGCCAAUACAUGGAAUCCGGACAUAUUUGUGAGGGAGUUAAAGAAAUUAUGUCACAUGUAUCUGAUAUGCAUUUAUUCAUCGAUGUUUUUUAUUAGGAAGGAGAUGAAGUGGUUUCAAACAAUCAUAGUUCGUAUACAACAGCGCAAGUUAAAAUACGACUGUCUGAAAUACCAAAACUGUUUGUAUACAACUACAUCACUUAUGAAUUAAGAGGAGUAGUCAGUUUUCAACCGGCACAAUCAAAACUAAGAACAUCAUUUGGGCAUUACAAUGUAUACGCUAUUAAAGGAACUAAACAUUGGCAAUUGUUUGAUGACCUCAAGAAAAAACCAAUUCCAGUAAAGGAAAAUAAAGAAGUUUCUUGUGAACUACUGGUUUAUACUAUUUAAAAUAACUAUGCCCAAUAUUUUUUUAUGCAUUGCUAAAUUGUAAUCAUACCUUUUAACAUACUUACUUUUUAAUUACAGAAUAAAUAGCUGUUUCAUUCAAAUUUAAUUUAAAUACUAUAAUAUUUAAGGCUUCCCCAGUUUACAGCAAAUCUGCUAAAUACUUACGAAAAAAAAAAGUAGUUUGAAAACAACUAGGUGGUAACUUGCAAAUUUCAGAUGAUCAUUAUAUAGAAGGAACUGUGAAAUGAAUUUUUUGAAGCCACGGGGGCUGGUGUGACGUUUCGCUGCCCCCCCCCCCCCGUGCAUUUUUGAUUUUUGGAGGGGAAGGAAGGUCGUGCGAAUUCCCAAAAUAGACUUGCGAAUUACGUGCUAAAUAUUUGCAUAGUCUGUUAAUAGAUUUUCUUUGGGGGGGGGGGGGGGGCUGGCGAAACGUACGUCUGAUUAAUCAGAGCCACCAGAUGUCCAGAUGUAACGAACCGAUGAAACGAUUCCGUAUGGGAAAAUUCUAUGAAAAUUAAUUUUUGUAUUUCCAAUAAUACGGUUUAUUGGAUGGUUUUAGACUUGAGAGUAAAAACACCUAUCAUCAAUAUUGUAGGAAUGAAGUUAAUCUGUAUAUGUAAUGUAUACUUAGUUUAAGAAAAAUUAUUUUAAUAACUGCAUUUUUGAACUCCUGGACUUUGAUAAGUACCAGCUUUUAUUAUCUUCUUUUGUAGUUAUUUUAAGGAGGAUGAAUAGCAUGGAAAAAUUCUAUAAAAAUUCUA